UUUAACAACUAUUUAUCAGAUAAAGCUUUACUAAAGAUUAAAACUACUUACGUACGUACUUUAUUAAAAUAAACAAUGUUUAAUAUUAAAGUUUUAUGUUUUUUUAUUUUUACAUUGUCGUUUGUUUUAUCUUUCCCUGAUAAUUUUUACAAAAGUCUGGAAGAAAACUAUGGAUCAGAUAAUGAAGAUGUGGCUAAGACAAUUAGAGAAGAAUCUGUAGAUCAAGAUGGAAAUAAACAUACUAGAGAUAAUGAAAAUAUGGCUGAGAUAAUUAGAGAAGAAUUUAUAGACCAAUAUGGAAAUAAACAUACUAGAGAUAAUGAAAAUAUGGCUGAGAUAAUUAGAGAAGAAUUUAUAGACCAAUAUGGAAAUAAACAUACUAGAGAAUUUGAAAUUAAACGAUCUGCUGUUACAAAUAAAAGAAAGAAAAGAGACAGUGAUAAUCUAAUUGGAAAUAGAAUAGUAAUACACUCUACUGUUCGUAUUAUUGAUGAAGCUGGAGCUAUCAAAAUUGGUGGAAAUAAUCAGAUUGAGGAACUAGUACAGAUUAUCAACUAA